GAAAAUGAAGGGGAUGUGGAAACCUCCAGAAAAUGAAGACCAAAAUGGGGACCAAGGAAGACGGAGGAGAAGACAAAGGCGCCCAUUCUGGAAGAAAUUUAGGAAAAAUGGUGGUGAUUAUAACGUACACAGGACUCAAAAUGAAGCUAAUGGGCCAGAAAACAGCACGUGUAAAAAGAAAGAUGAUAGCCAGCAUGCUUUGGCAGCUCAGCCAAAUGUGAAGGACGUGGACCCUCUCAGUCUUCUGGCAAACAGUGAUGUUGAAUCUGACAAGGACGAAGCAGCAGCCGAAGACAAGAGACUGGGAUUGACUGUUGUUCCCAAGCAGGUCACCUCCGCCCUGAGUUCGCUGUCAGCCAACUACGGCAGCGCGUCCGACAGCGAACCCGAAGAAAUCCCUGUCAAGACUGCAACAAAAGCUGAGAAAAGCCAGGCUGCGCUCGGAAAUACGCCUCAAACUACUUGUGUUCCGUGGAGUCGAAGCCCGAAUCAAAACCGUCCAGAGCGCGCAGGCACGACGUUAAGAAGCUCGGAUUCAAACGCACGUCCUCAACGCAGAGGGCCUGAUAACCGGGGCAAGAAAACAUUACCUCUCCUUCCGAAGCGCCGGCCAACUCUUCUGGAAAUG